CUGGAAAACAGUUCACCUCUGCCGUCGUGUCGAUGUCCGCCAGAGAGGAGUGACACGUGAUCUCCGAGUCAGAACAACAAACACUCGGAAAUCGUAGGUCCUUCCAAUUUGCGUCCCAUGGUAAUGCCUGGAAGCCAAGAACGCCAAGGGUGCAGAACAACCGCCAUGGAUCGCUGCUGGACGGUGCCUGUUGCCAUGGCUGCAGCUGCAUUUCUGGUUUUGAUGCCCUGGUCAUGGUUUGGUCUCCUCCUCGUGUACUUUGUGGAAAAGUUCCAUAUAACAAGGGGGACAGCUUCCUGGCCAAAAAGCGUCGCCGUGACGCUGAGCAAUGUUUCAGGAUUUGCCGUCUAUGCCCUUCAACGACGUAUCAAGACAUUCUAUAUCGUGUUGAUUAGCACGAUUUUUACAUCUGUGGCGUUUAUCCUGUCCACUUUUACGCCCAACAUCUUCUGGAUGACAAUAACAUUAGGCCUUAUCCACGGUUUGGGACACGGAAUCUUCCUUACGUCUUCCAGCAUAUGCACAUUGCUACAUUUCAAGAAGUACCGUGCCAUCGCCACGUCGUUUAUUUUUAUCGCAUACGGUAUGUCAGCAGUCGUCAGCCAGUUCGUACUCGCCGGGCUGCUGGUAGUGUAUGACCUGGGAGGAGCACUGCUGUUGUACGGAGCAAUUCUCAUGAAUUCGGCUGCGAUUGUUAUGUUGGCCAGGAAGCCCUGCCCAUUCAGACUUGGCUGCGAACGAAACAGUCCCGCGGUUCGAGAAAAUGCGGUUUCCAGGGAACGGUUCCACGGAGGAACAGGCGAUGGCACCGCACCUCUCCAAAGCCGCUCUGCAGAAACGGAGGGAGCGGUGCAGCCCGAGAGCAGUUCUUGGAAGCAAGUCCUAGACCUCUUCGCCAUGCCUUCAUUUUACGUUCUCCUUGUGGCCAUCAUUGUCGGAGAGUACGCUAGCGUGGAGUUCUUGGGGACAAUUGUGGAUUAUGGAAUCGACAAAGGCAUGGUGCUUGACAGCGCCAAGCAUUUGGUGACGUUCUCUUCAAUAGGCCAACUUCUGGGGCGUAUCGCGAUCCCACUGCUAGCGGACUGUGUGCCUUUCACCCGUCGACCGCUGUACGCGUUCAGCUUUGCGGUAACUUGUGUGUGCAUGAUUACAAUGGCACACGUGACUGCCAUCGUGCCGGUGACAGCGUUAGCAACACUGGUUGGAGUGGCGCAAGGUUACAUCUUGUGUCUCAAGUACGUGCUCCUCGCGGAAUGCGUGGGCGUGGAGAGGACCGCUGCCUCCAGCGGCAUCAUCGGCGUGGUCAUGGUACCAGUGUCAAUGCUCAGCCCAGUGAUCAUAGGACGAUUUCGGGAUGCAACAGGUUCAUACGACGGCUACUACCAGAUGCUGGGAAUUCUCAGUUUGGUCGCCGCUGUUCUCAUCGCUGGCCACGAUUUCUGCCAGGCGAUGACUACAAGAGGCACCCACUCUCAAUAAACAUUGUCGCAUUUAUAUGACAAAUGCAGUUCACUUAGAGCAUAAGAGGGCAGUGACGCUGCAGGACUGGACGCGUUGCAUGGUGGUGGCAGUACAGUUUUGUUAUCGUGAAAAGCAAGCUGUAUUUUUGAGUUUCAGCGUACCAUCUAUUAUUGUUUAUGUUGCUGUCCCAGGUGUGAGAUAUCUUUUGUCCGCACUUCAGCUAAUUCGCUUUGCCCUGCUAAUACAAGCGGGGACAUAGACGUGUAAUGGU